AUGAGCGGCAUAGGCAUCGAGGUGAAUAUCGCUCCAUACGAACCACGAAGUGUACUAGAGACGCUCCCAUGCAGUUUACCCAUCUCGCAUUUUGAUACCGACAUUGAUUUUGAAAGUAUUGCCGCUCCGCUAAUACAAUUGCUUGGAAACCUUACAACAGCAAAGCUCUCUUCAACAUCAAUAUGGCGCGAUGUCUUCGCCCUGACGGGGACUUUGCGAACAUUCUACUCGGCCGACUCAAUUGUGAAGGCCUGGACUGAGACAUGCACAUCCAGACAGGCUGGUGAUUUUGUACCCAUCCCAGGAUCGGCAAAGGCAACCCGACUGGACAAGGACAUCGGAUGGGUGGAUGUCUCCUUCACAUUCCGCAAUCGAGGGACCCCUGCUUCGGCCUGCAGAGGAGUCCUCUCCCUGGUUCUGGAAGAAGAUGGGAACUGGAGGAUUUGGCUCAUAAGGACUAUCCUCGAGCAAUUAGAGGGGUGUGAGGACGUCGAUAUGCUUCCAGUUGUCCAAGCAAUGUCAGACGGAGUGAACGGGAAUAACCUACAGCUAGACGACAUCAAUGGCGUCAACGGGUCCAACAGCGCUCUCAGCUACUUCGAUUGUGUCGUGGUAGGAGCUGGUCAAGCAGGUCUAGGCUCAGCAGGCCGGCUGCAAACCCUAGGGGUCUCCUACGUGGUGCUCGACAAGAACGCUCAGAUCGGCGACAACUGGAUGACACGAUACGAUUCCGCCAGGCUGCACACUGCCCGCGAAUACAACCACUUGCCCUUUGAUCGGACAUUUCCACUACCAUAUCAAGAAUUCCUCACCAAAUACGACCUAGCGAGCGGAUAUAAAGACUGGGUUAAGAAAUUCGGGAUCGACAAGCACAUCUGGUUCAACACGGCUCUUGAGUCGGGAUCAUGGGAUGAAGAACGCAGGGUAUGGACAUUGCAGAUCCGUCGUGCAGAUGGUUCGAGCCAGAGCCUCACCUGUCGACACAUCAUAAUGGCCACCGGUGGCGGAGGGCAGAUUCCCAUCAUGCCGCAGUAUCCCGGCCGCGACGUCUUCCCAGGCACAGUCCUCCAUUCCGCCGACUACAAAUCCGCCGAGCCCUGGCGCGGCAAGACGGGUAUUGUAGUCGGCACGGCAAACACGGCUCACGAUGUCGCCGAGGACAUGGUAGAAGCAGGGCUCUCACAAAUCACUAUGGUCCAGCGCUCCCGCACGUACGUGCUGCCGUGUGAAUAUUUCAAGGUGAUUUCCGAUCGGUCGUACAACGCAGACGUGCCAACGGUUGAUGCCGAUAGAGAGCAGUAUUCGAUGCCGUAUGCGGUGACGAGGCUACUGAGUCGGAAAGCCCUGCAUGGGAUGGCAGCCAAAGAGCCUGAACGGUUCGACGCGCUGGAACGCGCCGGUUUUAGAGUCGAGAGAUAUGGCGAUAUCAUGUGGCAUAUCUGUGAGAAGUUAGGUGGGCAUUACAUGGACGUGGGUUGUUCGGACCUGAUCGCAAAGGGUUUGAUUAAAAUGCAAUCCAACGCCCUGCCUACACAUUUCACCCGCACGGGCCUGGCCUUCAGCGACGGCAGCGAAAUUUCCGCGUCCGUAAUAAUCUUCUGCACAGGAUUCGUGGGUAACAUGCGCACAGACGUGGCCCGCAUAUUCGGCAAGGAGGUUGCGUCCCGGGCGGACGAUUUCUGGGGCCUCGACAGCGAAGGAGAACUCAAGGGCGUGUUCAAGCGGAACAACCAUCCAAACUUGUACUACAUGGGCGGGACGAUUGGGCACGCGAGGUAUUUCUCACGCCAUGUGGCUUUGCAGAUCAAGGCGGAGCUGAUGGGCACGCCCUUGCCUAUUUAUGAAGGGGAACGAAGGCCAGAGACGGGGAAUUGGAGAGCGGUGUCGGACGGCGGGGAGUUGUGA